CCGAUGUCGAGCUUCGGCCUCGGUGAGACCUUCGCGCCGGCCAAGUCCAGCGGCAGCGCCUCGGCCCUCUUCUCCGGCGGCGGCGCGCCGGCGCGCGCCGCCAAGGCCGCGCCCGCCAAGGCGGCGUCGAAGAAGGGCUACGACGAUGCCGUGGACCGCGUGCUGGCCAAGGGCAAGAAGCGGCGGCGGCCCGACGACGACGGCUUCGUGACGGCGACGGCGGAGCUCGCGGCGCGCGUGAACGCGGCGCCGAAGAAGGCCAAGGCGCCGGCGCCGGCGAAGCCCGCGGCGGCGGCGCCGAAGCCGAAGGCGCCGAAGCCCGCCGCGGCCGCGGCGCCCGCGCGCGAGGACGAGGACCGCACGGUCUUCGUGGGCAACGUGCCCACGGAGGCCACGAAGAAGCAGCUGCGGACCUUCUUCAAGACCUUCGGCGCCGUCGCGACGGUGCGGACGCGGUCGCUGCCGACGGCCGGCGUCAAGGUCGACGACGCGGGCAACGACGCGCUCGUGAAGCGCGUCUGCGCCCAGAAGCACCUGCUCAGCGACGCGAAGCGCACGAUGCACGCCUACGUCGUCUUCGAGACGGCGGACGCCGCGGCCGAGGCCGCGCGCGCGGCGAACGGCGCCGUCUGGCCCGGGCCGGCCGCGGGCGCCGCGGGCGCCGAGGCCGCGGCCUACGUCGCCGGGGAGGCGCCCGAGGUGUUCCACCUGCGCGUGGACCUCGCGUCGGGCGCGCGCGACGACGACGCGCACCUGCGCACGGCCUUCGUGGGCAACGCGCCGCGCGAUCUGACCGAGGAGGGCCUCCGGUCGCUCUUCGCGGCGCACCUCGCGGAGCUCGGCGGCCACGGCGCCAUCGACAACGUGCGCGUCGUGCGCCGCAAGGAGGACCACCUCUGCAUCGGCGUCGCCUACGUCAUGCUCCGCGACAAGGCGACGCUCGGCGCCGCGCUCGAGCUCGACGGCGCGCUCUACGCGGAGCGGCCCGCGGCGAAGAAGCGGCCCCUGCGCGUCAAGACCUGCGGCAAGCGCACGAAGGCGAGCCUGGCGCCCGAGGAGCGCUCGCAGAAGCCCGCCAAGGCCGCGCCGUCCGACCGCGGCGCGAAGCGGCGCCUCGAGAAGAAGGCGCUCCGCGCCGCGAGCCGCGCGGCCAAGGCGGGGGCGGGCGCCGCCGCGCCGCGGCCCAAGGGCAAGGCCGCCGCCGCGCCCAAGCCCUGGCAGGGCAAGAAGGCCGGCGACGCCGACGCGGCCAAGGCGAAGAAGGCCACGGACGCGAAAAAGAAGAAGCGCAAGGCCAACCCGGACGCGGGGAAGAAGUUCGUCGGCAAGAAGCCCAAACCCUAAACACACGUAUUACAUG